GACGACUUGAAAUGACAUCCCUAGUCAGCCAGUCUGCAGUAACGAACGAUAUCACGAGAACCCCGACAGCGCCGUUGUACGGUGUGGGUGUUCCUUCUCUUCGUUAUCUGAUUUUUCCCAUCAUGUGUAACUAUUCUUUUAUCUUAUACUAGCCAACGUUAUAUUAUCUCGCGUUCCUCAAAUACCCCCGGGUCUUCUGUACAUGUACACCUACAAAUACACUUGCUUGACUUUGAUCUCGUUUACUGUCCUGUGCGGUGAAGCGCAAUAUAGAUGGUCUGUUCCGGGGUCAAUCAAUCAAUCAAUCAGUCAGUCAAUCAAUUCAUUGAUCUAUUCGUCAAGCGAUGUGUCUACUAGACAGCUUGCAAUGCGUAAAUGUAUUAAUUUAAUUUCCAGACAAAAUCAUCCUAUGAUAUUGAUCAACCUUGGCCUGCCUCAUUCGACUCCAAAUCCUCUGAUAUACAUUACAGCAUCCGAAUUAUAUGCUAAUCAGGCCCAACCUAGUACGUAGUAUCACUAACCUCCAGGACAAGAGAAGGAAGGAGGAAUCGAAGGAUUCUGAUUAAAGCCGACUUUUCUGCGAGUAAAUUCCGUAGUGCGGUAACUUGCCCGGAU